GAAACCAAUACUGAAAAACCUGUUACAAAGAGAAAUGUACUCGGACAGAUCGCUUCACUUUUCGAUCCGUUGGGUUGGUUAGCACCAGCAAUCAUGAAGGCAAAGAUGUUCAUGCAGAAGCUAUGGUUGGAAAAGCUAGAUUGGGAUGAGGAACUACCCACAGAUCUAAAAGAAGAAUGGAUCCAGUACCAAGAAGACUUACCCGCGUUAUCAGCGAUACAGAUUGAUCGUUGGACUGGUUCUAGUAAAAAUUCAGCGAUCGAGUUACAUGGAUUUUCUGACGCAUGCCAGACAGGAUAUGCAGCAGUCGUGUACCUUCGAGUUGUACCCAAAGAUGGGUCACUAUGUCAAGUGUCUUUAAUUACUGCAAAAACCAAAGUUGCACCAGUUGUUAAACCAUUGUCUUUGCCACGACUUGAACUAUGCGGAGCAUCGCUACUUAGCAAACUCAUGAAACACGUGAUGAGAGUUCUAAAUAUCGAGUUGCAACAAACCUAUGCGUGGGUAGACUCCAAAGUGGUUUUAGCCUGGAUAAAAGGAGAUCCUAACAGAUGGACACCCUAUGUCAAGAAUAGAGUGAUUGACAUAAGGAGCAAUUUAGACACACACUGGUUAUAUGUCAAUACCAAGGAUAACCCAGCAGAUCCAGCUUCCAGAGGUCUGUCACCCAGCAAGCUGAAACAAAAUCAGUUAUGGUUCAAUGGUCCGGAAUUCUUACAUGAACCUGAAUUCACCAUACCCGUCGACUCCAUACCUGAAACAGAAUUAGAGAAACGCUUGUUAGUAAAAUGUAAGACAACAACCAUAGAAACAGACUCUGAAAAGCUUACCUUACUGAAGAAAUACUCGUCACUGCAAAAACUUCUGGACGUGAUUUCGUAUUGUAGAAGAUGGCUGAAGAUCCUGAAAAGAGAAAAGAAUAUUAGUAAACAUAUAACCUGUGAAGAAAAAGAUGAAGCACUUACCUUGUGUUUAAAGAUGUCCCAAGAGAUAGAAUUUCCUGAAGAGAUUGAUCACCUGAAAAGUGGAAAAACUAUUAAGAAAAGCAGUCGUCUACUGCAAUUCACACCUUAUCUGGAUGAUAAAGGUCUUUUGAGAUUAGGAGGAAGACUGAAACACGCAGAGUUGAGUAUGGAUCAAAAGCAUCCUAUUAUUAUAACUAAAAACAACGUAUUGUUACCUGUUUUGUUGGAAGAUUCUCACAAAAACACUCUUCAUGGAGGGCCGCAUCUCAUGACACCAUAUUUGAGAAGCAAAUACUGGAUUAUUAAAGGAGGUUCUUCAAUAAGGCAGUUUUACAAGAAGUGUAUAACGUGUGCAAGAUACAAUGCGAAAACAAAUACUCAGUUGAUGGGAAACUUACCGGUAGUUCGAGUGAAGCCUUCCCGCCCUUUCCUUAUCAGCGGUGUUGACUUUGCCGGUCCCAUCACAUGCAGAAUGAGUAAAGGUCGAGGAGCUAAGACAUACAAGGCAUAUAUUGCUUUAUUUGUGUGUAUGUCUACCAAAGCCAUACAUUUGGAACUAGUCAGCGAUAUGACCACAGAAGCGUUUAUCGCUGCUUUCAAAAGAUUUGUGUCUAGGCGUGGUCAUUGCAAGGAACUCUGGAGUGAUCAUGGUACAACAUUCGUUGCAGCUGAAAAAGAACUAUUGAAGAUGUGGCAACAAGGUCGCAACGAAAUCCCAGAAGACUUACUCAAAAGUUUAGACGACAGAGGAACUCGUUGGAGAUAUAUUCCCCCUGGAGCACCAAACUUUGGAGGACUAUGGGAGGCCGGUGUAAAAUCGACGAAAUAUCAUCUGAAAAGAAUAAUGCAAGACGCAACCCUGACGUUCGAAGAAUUUUAUACGGUCCUUUCGCAAGUUGAAGCGUGUCUUAACUCACGUCCAUUGGCUCCAUUAGGCGAUGAUUUAGAUUAUUUGACACCUGGACAUUUUCUGGUCGGCGAACCCUUGAUUUGCUUACCAGAUCGCAGUAAUGAGCAGAGUAACAUAUCCAGCUUAUCGAGAUGGCAGUUGACCCAACGAAUGCUACGAGAUUUUUGGGUUAAAUGGCAAAGCGAAUACCUUUCUCGUUUGCAAUUGCGUCCAAAAUGGAAUACACCUAAGAAGGAUUUAGAAAUUGGAGAACUGGUAUUGAUCAAAGAUGGAAGAUUUCCACCAGCUAAUUGGAGAGUAGGUAGAGUACUUAAGAAGUACCCUGGCACUGAUGGAUUGACUCGUAUGUAUGAUAUUCGCACAGCUUUCGGGAUCACACAACGGCCGAUUACCAAGCUGUGUCGACUUCCUAACUAGUAAUCAAGGAAUACUUCCUUGGCGGCGGAGGAUGUUGAGAUUUAAAAUUGCCGCAUAAAUGUACAUACUCUAAAUUAAUUACUGAAUUGAUCGCUAGAUGUCUCUUUUUAAAAUGCAAACUAGCUAACGGUAUGUUUUCUAAAAACAAUGGAGUCAAACAGUUUCCAUGGUCAAGUCAGUAACCAAAAGUAAAGUGACAGUGAUACAGUGAAGUAUAGUAGUAAAAUGAUAGGAAAGUGAACUUUAAAGUGCAGUGUUUAAGUGCGGAUUUACAACAGCCAGGUGCGAACA